GCGGUGACGCGGCGCGCUGGGCGCCACCCUCUCGCUUCCUCCUCUUUAAAGCCACAACUGCAGGCGCAGGUCGCUCUCUGCUCGCUCCCUCCGCGUUCCGCCUUUGUCCACCGGCAGCCUCGGCAGACAACGAGGGGAGGGAGCGGGAGGGGGUGGGAAGUCGAGGGUGAAGACGAGGGUGAAGACGAGGGGGACGAAGAAGGGACGCCGCCUGCUCAAGGGACAAGGGUUGCACAACGACAUGGCCGAGUUGACGAGUGCGCACCCGGGAGAUGCGAGCCCCGCGCUGCCGUCCGUGGCCGGCCACCUGCCGAGGGAUUUCAUUUCGCUGCAGUACAGUCAUUUGACCCCGAGUAGGCAAGAAGACCAGGAAAUUGUACCACUCUGCAGCUUCUCCCCGGAUUCCUGGGACUCAGACUCCUUCCUUGGGUUCCAGAGUCCCCUGGGGUUACGAGCACCUCGCGGACGGAGCAGCUGCCGGGGUGAGGAUGUGGAAGAAGAGGUGGUCGUGAGGAGGAGGCGGAGGAAAAUUGACUGUGCAACUCCCACGCCGGUGAGCGGCACCGAGAGCCCACUUGCCUCGCUCGCCCUGCUCGCUCAGCUCACCCCGCUUUCCCACAAGCUGCAAGACGACGUCAACAAAGAGAACUGCCAGGUUCCUCUCAGCAUGGCGAGCCUCUUCACCGCGCCCAUGGUGUCGCCGGCAGCGGGGGUCUUUCACCCGCCGCCUCCCGGCAGCGGAGGGCUGCAGUUGUGGAGGGGACCGCGCACCCCCCUGUCUCCCCUCACCCCCGGUGACGGGUCGCCCACGGGGUGCCUCAAGCGCCCUUUGCAGCGGGCGAGCACGGCCGAGUCGCUGAUGCAGAAGCGGCGCCGUGCGAUCGCCCCCCUCUUGGCGCCACCGUCAGCACCGCAAUCGCCGUCGGCGCCAUCGCUGUCGCCGCCGCCAUUGAAGGCGCCCACAGGAAUGUGGGACCAUGAGGCUGUGCAGCAGGCGCUGGACGCGUGUCUGGACGAGGAGAAGAUGCUGGGAGAUUUCUCUCGGCCGUGUUCGCUGCCCACGGUGUCCGGGAAGCACCAGGACCUUAACUACAUCACCCAGGACACGAUGGCCGCUCUGCUGCGAGGGGAAUUCUCCGACUCCGUGCCGCGCUUCCUGGUGCUCGACUGCCGCUACCCCUACGAGUUUGAGGGUGGCCACGUGCGGGGGGCCCUCAACCUCUUCCGCGAGGAGCAACUCGUGCAGCAGCUGCUGCGGGGAGCCCCAGCCCCCAAUUCACCGGCGAGCGAGCAGCUGGUGCUCGUGUUCUACUGCGAGUUCUCCUCCGAGCGGGGCCCCCGCCAGUGCCAGACUCUGCGGCGCAUGGACCGGGAGGUGAACUCGUACCCAACCCUGCACUACCCGGAGAUGUACGUGCUGCGAGGGGGCUAUAAGGACUUCUUCCCACACACACCGGAAAUGUGCAACCCCAGCGCGUACCGCCCCAUGCGGCACCAGGAUUUCAAGGAUGAGCUGCGUCGCUUCCACAGCAAGAGCCGCUCGUGGGCUCACACGCGGCCCCGCAGCACCGCUGUGGCGCUGCUCACGCGCCUGCACACCACCUGAGGCCCACACUCGUUGAGCAAAUCGGGGGGGGAAACACGAAGGGACUGCAGUGCUCCGACUUGGUUAUUCCAUAAGAGGCCUGGAAAACUCCCAAGAGAAGACCCGGGUGGCUCAAUGAGGCAUUCUGCGAUUCCACGAGCGACCGGGGCAACUCGGGACACCCAGGGAGUUGAAGGAACAGACUCCGGGAACUUUGAGACCCAGGAACCCCAUGCGUGGCAUUGGAACUCUCAAGCAACCCAGGGACUCGAUGCCUCUGUUCCCACUGUACAAUAUAGCCUUGUCAAGGCCAUGCUGAGCCAGCCCAACGUGGCACGAGGUACUGGGUAGGUUUUCCCACUACAGAUUCCAAUCUUUUGCUGCUGACAAUUACCUCUGAUCCUGCUCAACCCCCAAGCCAGAUCCAAGAUGUCUUGUGAAACCAGUUUAAGAAUUUAUCUGGCUCUACUUCAAAUAAGAUGGUGGAAAACCACCCAUACCAGCAGGGCCUCACACUGCCGUGGCUCUGAUGCAUUAGGGGAGCAGGGGCUUCAAGAGAAUACCUGGGGUGCGGGGAGGGCUGCUGCUCCCUCUGCACGAUGUGGAGCCCAUGUGCUCUUGGUGCCUCCAUCUUAGGAAUGGUUCUCUGCCAGUGUGCGUGAUUGUGUAGUAUGAGUGACCUUUGAAUAUUUUAAUUUAGGACUUGUGAUAAAUUGGUGUUAUUUUAAAACCCAAACAAAAAUAUCUAUGAUCCUCUAUGGUUGAGUGGUUAACUGCUUGUGUGGGUGAAAUGGUGUUGAGAUUAGUGUUUUUUAUAUUUAGGAUUUAUUGCUGUAGUGUAACAUUUAAACCAGAACGUUUGAAAAUAUUUAAUGUGCCAGCAUGUGAUUAGAAGUAACUGACUGCAGUGGUUUCCUGGAAUUUUAAGGACCAGUUCAUAUUUUAAUUUAUUUGCUGCAAUAGGCUGUGGUACCAGUUUUAAAAGUUAAGUUAAAAAAACAAUGUUCAUGACUUAUGGUGGGUAAGUGCUGUGAAGGGCCAUUGCCUGAAGCAGUCAUAUUUCUCAGGCCAUAGGGUUUGACAUUUAAAGUGAAUUGUUGCAUGUAGCUCAAAUGGUUGUGAUUUGUUUUUUGAAUUCGUAUUAUGGCUGUUUAUAUACUGCAGUGUUAUUUUCCUCCCCUGAAACCACUUUACUAGAAAUUUGUGACAUUUAAACUCAAGGGUAGGUUAUUUUGGGGGUAAGUUUUUUUUUAAUCCCAUGUUAGUGCUUUCCAUUCCCUCCUGUAAAUAAGUGCUACUUUACACAAUUUAAGUGCCUUUUGCGGUUUAGCAGAGGCUCCUGGUUUAGUGCAGUUGUGUAGGUGGAUAGUUUAUCAGCUGGCUUGAAGUUAAGUUAGUUCACUUGCCAUUGAAGUAGACUUUAGCUACUAGUUUAAAUGAAGUUCAGUGUAGCUUGUUGACAAUUGUGCACUGAACUCACCCUCAUGGCCCAACAAUCCCUUGUUUACUUUGUGCACACCAACCCCUCCCCUGAACUGUAAUAAAUAUCACACCACCA